GCCUGACAGUGCGUAUAGUCUCCUUGUUAGUUAUUUUCUUGUUAUAUAGACAUUUCAACGUGUAUUUUGACAGUGUCAGUGACUUUUUAGUGUGUGAUAUGAGAAAAAAGUGACUUUAAAGUGUUGCCAACUAUUAUAAAUCUGGCGGAUAUAACUGGAGAAAACUUAAGGAGGUGGGUCGAGAAAAAUCCCACUCUCCUGGAGACCCAUCAACAAGAAACCCCUAAAUCAAUUAAGAACAACAAUAACAUUGAUUUUGAAAAAGACUUUUGGAAAUCCAAAGAUAUGCCAAUGUUACUACAUCAGCCAACUUCACAUGUUUUGUUAUCUUCGCAUGAAACUGAUCAACCAUUAGACUUUACAAUGUCAAAAUUUAAGACAAAAAAUACUUUGGUGGCUAAUCAAUUAAAACACUUUUCCAAUUUUACUACACAUCAACAUAUGAUGAUGUUACAAAAUAACGGACUCUACUUUAACAGAAGUAAUAAUAACAAAAGUUUUACAAGAGGAAGCUCUUCUCCAAGCUCCAGUGAGCCAGAUGAAGAAGGUGUUGGCCCUCCAUUGUCCCCAAGAAGCUCCAGAUCUAGUCCCACCAGACUUUUACCCUUAAAGAGUGAAGAUAAUCCCCAAACUUCACCUCUUAGAACUGAAAAACAAUAUAGAAAGUUAUGGUUAAAUGAACCCGAAAUAACUUGGCGUUCAGACCUAUCGGUGCCAACAGAAGAAUCAAAAAUUGCCUUACAGGCAAGGUUAGGAUUGUCGCCCACUGAAAGUAGGUCGAUUCAUAAAAUUGAAAAAACACCCUCAACUCCUCCAUCCAACGAUGAACAUGAUCCAAAUGGUGAUUUAAGUGGUGAUGAUCAAAGUAUAAAUAGUGAUCAUUUGGACAAUCAAGAUGAAAACUCUAUGGACAGUGACCGAGGGGGCGCAUUAAAUUUGGUUACUGCUGAAAAUGACCAACCAAGAAUAUCUACCCCAAAUUCUCAAGUGACUAGUUCAAAUCCAAAUAUUUUGACUGCAAUUAACGGAGCUCUUGGAGGGUUUUUAGGCAAUCCAUUACAAAUGCUGCAAGCCUUUCAAAAUCCCCAGAGCCUGCAACAAUUGCAACAAUUGGCAAUGCUGCAUCAGGCUAGUGGAAACCAAAUGAAUCCUCAGGCUCAAUUUUUGUUUCAAAACCAGGUACAACAAAUUGCCCAGGCAGCCCAACAACUUCAACAAUUGCAAAAAGUUCAACACCAAAACUCCAAUCAACAUAAUACUAGUAUACCUCCAAACACUCAAAUACCCCAAACCCAAACAACACCCCCAAAUAAUCAUAUACCUGCAAGUCUGCUAACACCAAGUACCCCAAGUUCUGGUGGUCUCACGCCGCAGCAUCUUAAAACUCCUUCAAGAAUAUUAGAACCAUCGCCUGAAGAAACAACUGAUUUGGAAGAAUUAGAACAGUUUGCAAAAACUUUUAAACAAAGGCGAAUUAAAUUGGGAUUCACUCAAGGCGAUGUUGGAUUGGCAAUGGGAAAAUUAUAUGGCAACGAUUUUUCCCAAACUACCAUAUCAAGAUUUGAAGCACUAAAUUUAAGUUUUAAGAAUAUGUGUAAGCUUAAACCUUUGCUUCAAAAAUGGCUAGAAGAUGCUGAUAGCACAUUGACUAAUCCGGGUGCAUUAAGCAACCCCAUGACAACUCCAGAAACAAUUGGAAGGCGGAGAAAGAAAAGAACUUCUAUUGAAACCACUGUAAGAGUAGCCUUAGAAAAGGCAUUUUUGCAAAAUCCCAAACCUACUUCCGAAGAAAUAUCCAUGCUUGCAGAUAGCUUGUGCAUGGAGAAAGAAGUAGUGAGAGUUUGGUUUUGCAAUAGAAGGCAAAAGGAAAAAAGAAUCAAUCCACCUUCCUCAGCAAUGGGAUCCCCCUGCUCGGUUGCUAAUAGUAAUGGAGCAAUGUUUGCUAUAGCUAACUCUUUAGCAACAAGCCCUUUAAGUCUGGUGACAUCUUCAGGGCAUAAUUUCAACCCAAAUGUUAUGGUUAAAACGGAAUGACAUAACCUUAACUUUUACGCUGAUCAUUAUUUAGAAUAGUUAUGUGCAAUUUAAGAAUUUAGGGUAAAGGCUAUGAUUUUUGUAAAUACUAGUUGCAGUAAGUAUAAUGGAAACAUAAAUCUCAAUUACUUAUAUGUUUAUUUAUUUAUCCGCUGAUCGCUUCUCUUAUAGCUCGAUAUAGGUAAUACUUACUGUAAAUCUAGUAAAAAACACUUAAAAAUAUAAUUGUCUUGUUAUUACUUUCUCUUCUACAAUCGUAGCAAAAUUUUAUUAUUAGUGAGUAAUAAAUAAGGGUUGCAGAAAUGUUUUCUCCAAUGACCAAUACCGGUUGUUCUUUCUUAUUUUAAAAUAAUUGAAUAAAUUUAAUAAAGUCUACCUACAGAUUAAUCGCAGUUUAAAAAUACCAAGCAUAAAAAGAAACUCGUAAUUAUUGAAAAGUAUUUUAUUUUACUUUAAAUAACAAUAUUUAAUUACCCUAAGUCCUUUUAAUCUGCCGUAUUUGAUAUUCUAUAGAAUAUUUUUUACAGAUAUUAGUAAAAAAUAUUUGUGUUAAAAAAUUGAAAGUACAAAUUUUUAAUUAACUACUCAUGUAGUUACAGCAUUACAAACAUUAUAUUUUGUGCAUAUAAUCAAUAAUUUACCUUAUAAAUAAUAAUAAUUUGUUUGUGUUUGAUUGUUAUUUUUUGACAAUUUUGUUAGGAGAAAGAUAUAAAAAUAUUCUCGAAUUGUUGUUUUGAGAAAGAAGCUAAAGUAAUUAUUUUAUGACAAUAUAUUUAAAAUUAUGCUUGUAUGUUAAGUAGUUUACCAAGCACUAAACUAGUUAACAUAGAUGGAUAUAAAAAGGUCCGCCAAAAUUUCACGAUUUUGGGGUUUGUAUAAAAUCUAAAACAGGCUGUACCAUAAAUAUUGUACAUACAUUUAAAUCAUAGCUCGAGUAGACGUCUUAAAAUACUUAUUUAUUAUCGUAUUUUACAGUUAUUUUAUUUGUGAUUAGGUAUUUUAACACAUAUGUGUUUUAGGAUUAACCAGUGUAAAAGUUAAACUUGUCAUUUUUGUCCUACUUUUAAUGAAAGAAGCUGUAUUAAAUAUUGAAUGAGCAAUGUAUAUUUACAGUCUUCCACUUUUAAAAGUUCCUAAUAUUUACACUCCUUUUACUUCUUAUGACUGUUUUUUAUUUAUGCCAAAUACACUUAAUUUAGGUUAUCUUUUGUUUUAUAUAUUUUUUUUGUAUAAAGUGUAAUUUUAAAUAUUAUUUUUUUAUAAAUAUAUAUAUCAUGUAAAUAAUGUCCUUUUAACUAGUUACUUGAAAAAUUCAAUUUUGUAGUGGUGUUUUAUUAGGCACAAAAUUGAUUUUUUUGUAUUUAAUUUGACACUUGACAGUUAUUUUUUAUGCAGGGUCUAAAAUUAUUAUAUUUAAAUGAUUGUCUUUUGUCAAUACAUGUAACAUAUUGCUGUAAAUUAGAAAAACGUCGUACGUAGAUUUUAAGUUAAGAGUAUUAGAAUAAUAAAUUCGUCUAGAAUAUAGUACCUAUAUCUUUUAAUAAUCCAUGUAUGUAUACACAAUAUAUGUACAUACAAUUCGAAAACUAAAAAUGGUCUCUACAGACCAAUUUAGAUCAAAGUUCCUACUGCUAAAAAUUAUUUUAUUUACACACGGUCAUCUUUUAGAUUUCGUUGCUAAAGCAUUUUAGCAUCUUGCUUUACUUAAAAAAUGUUUUAUUUAUUUACAAUAAAACACAACAAUAAUUAUAAUUGAAUAACAAUUAUAACAAAUCAUUUUUAUUAUUACUUAUAUUUGAUCUAAAAGUAGACCUAUUUGUAGGUAUAUGAAUUUUGUAUGUCCUGUCAAGUCCGUUAGUUUUUAUUUAUAAAUUAAUAUAUUUAGCAAAUGAAUAGGGUCAUAACAAUUCCGUUUUGCACACAUAUAUUUACAAUUAAUGAUUAAAAUAAAGGUCAUUUUUUAUUUUGUCUCAGGUGAUUAAAAAUUUAUGAACAGAUAAAUAAUGUCCCUUAUUUAAUAAAAAUUGUUUCUUCAUAAAUUACCAUUUUUGUAAAUUUUGAUGGAAUAACUAAAUAAUUUAUCGUAAAUGUGGGUAAAACCGUAUAGAUAAAACAGUAGCAUUUCGUUUUGCACAUAUCGUAAUAAAUAGUCGACAUGUUACUGAUUUAAAGAAAAUGUCAUAUCAAUGUUUAAAAUUAGUUUUAAAUAAUGGAAAACAAUAUACUUAACUUGUAUUACAGCAAAUUAGAUUAGUAAAAAUAUGUGUGUAGGUUGUGUUUUAGAUUGAUCAAAAAAUGUAAGUGGAUAAUUUUUAUUAAAAAGGGCCCUAUUCGAGAAUUUACAAAAUAUGGCGGUCUGGCAAUAAAAACAUGUACAUUAUUUUCAUUAAAAAUAUCAUAAAUUCGUAA